AUCGAAGAAAGCGUGUAUGGUACUAGUACAAUUAUCCACGCCAUGCCAGGGCAUAAGUCGCCCGGCUCGAUUUUUCUGUCACAUUUUCUGAUGGACCGCCAACGGUUUCGUGGCGAUCAACAUUCAACAGGGUUGGUGACAAAACAAAGGAAGAAGCAAAGAAGAAUACUAUUAUAGUACUGGUACCAGGUACGCCAUGUUGGGUCUACCAAGCUUCUCUGAACUAAAGGGCAAUUCCUUCUUGUUGGGAUGGAAUGUCGGUGCUGCGGCGACCGUUCUGCUGCCACUUUUGAUUCUCACAAUCUCGCGACAUACGCAUUACAAUGCCAACGGUAACAACAACGAUGACGGCGGCAAUGGCGACGGCUAUCGAAAUAGUUGGUGGCGCUGGGGCAAUCGUUGUGAUGGAGAUGGAAACUGUGAACAAGGCAGCAAUGAUCAGACUCCGUGGUGGUGGUUUGGUGGAGGCAGCAGAGAUCCCGAAGACGAGGGCAAAGGCAGCUUGAUUUUUGUCUAUGUCUACGCUACUGCUCUCUUUGUAGCCUUGACGCUCUACGGCAAUUUUGUCUUUCGCCGCAACUCCGACUUUGGUGCAUUGCAAGGAGCUUUGCUGAUGUUUACAAACCUUGCCUUUUUGGCAAUGAUUUUGGUGGCGGGGCUGGGCGUUGAAACUGAUGGCGGCCGUGACUUGGAGGAGAAUGGCUGGUACGGCCAGUUCAGCGUCUGUGUCUUUUUGACGACACUCUUUUGGACUAUUUUUGGCAUUGUCUUUGUCUGUCUAUUGCGAAGAAAUGCUGCCAGAGCUGCUUCUAGCAGUACCAGCAGUAGCGGCCAGAACGGAUACUACGUCGAUUGGUCUGACAAGGCAUAAUGAGGGCCAAUGAUGUUGGUAUUUUCAAGCUCUUGUUGUCCAGUGACAGAAACAAUUUGCACUGCCGAAAUGAUGGUUUUCUCUUCAUGUUUUACGUGUUCCAGUGGAUGAUAUCGUAGUAGCAAUAGACAAAUAACCAGCAGAAGCUCAGCCCAUGAUAGGCAGAGCAAACAUCAUUUACGUGUAGCUACAGGUACAUGGUAGUUGGAAGUCUAUUGAACAAGGUUAGCAAACCAGCAGUUAGAACUCCCUUAUUUUGAACAUGUGAUGGGCUGAGAAAGGGGCCAUACCGGUAGAGGAUGCUCUGGCUGCGGUGAACAGCAUAAAAGUAUUUUGAUCUGGUCAUCGGUACGAAAGCCGCCGUUUGGACCACAAUAAUCAUUUCACUUUGCAGUCUAACGUCUAACCAAUUAUCACUUUAA